CCAAUUGAAUUCUAAUGGCUACCAAAAUGAGUUCCUUGUUUGUCGGUCUCCUUCUCGCCGUCGGCAUCCUGCUUGCUAUUUCUGAUCAAGCCAAUGCGGCACGAGACAUGCCGAAGAACGAUGGUCAAAUGAAGCAUCCGGAGUUUCUGAAACAUGACCGCAGCGUGCUCAUUCCGGGCCUCGGACGAGUGUUGCUGCCACCGGUUUUCAAACAUCACCAUCCACACAGUACCAUCGGUGGUGGUCACGCUGCCAGCACGAGUACAGGUGAAAAUAGCCAGAUUCCGGGCGGUGAUGACACAUUCGUUCCUAACCCUGGUUUCGAGGUGCCGAUCCCGGGAGGCCGUGGUGUAGCACGUCCUUGAACAUGUGCUGGGCUAUGGAAACUUCGAAUCCAUUAGAGUAAAGGCAAUCGGUAACUGGAGUUCGUUGUUCAUUUUAGUGAAGUCUUGGAGUCUAGUUGUGUUUGCAUUUUCCAGUGGGAAACUAUGUGUUGCCUAAGUAAUAAUGUAUCUCAAUUUCCAAAUUAAUUAUUAAUCGUGGUGUAUUGUUCUUAUUUACAUCUUCCCUAUGGCAAAAAAAUAAUAAAAAAUUCCUUAAUAGCCUUGAUGAA